CUUGGGAGCAGGCAGCUAUUCACCGUCACCGGCACACUCUCCACUCGGUCGCUGUAGUAACGCGUGGGAAGCGGAGGCAGCAAACUGCAGCUCACUUCAACCGGUAAUUGUUGCCUACACGCUUCAUUUUUGGUGGGGAAGUCAUGACGGAUAGUUAUUUUUGGCCAUUUUGACAUUGUUUGGAACUAAUUACAACAAACGGAGUAAUACACAGAAGCUGGAACUUUUUGCAGGUCCCCCCCCCCGUCCAUAAAAGAAGCCACCAGUCAAGUUGGUCGGCGGUUUAGUGGCUCUGGGUGUUCGUUCCGCUUGGAAGCAGGUGUUGUCGACGAAGAGGCGGACACCAGAGAAGCGGCGACUCGCUGGCCACCUGACCCUCUGGAAAACAAGACGGCGGCUAAUGACACCGAGGGGGCGAACUUUGUGCAAGGUUGUCGCUUGGCGAGCUCGUUAAGUUCGUCCUUCCCCUCGGGAAUUGCAGUUUAAUUUGAAGACGUGGCUCGAGCCGGACUGCGCCUCGUCCUCCCUGCGCCCACGAUGCCAAGCGCCGGCGUAAUCCCGAGGCAGGAUCCAGCAACGCCUGCGCUCUAACGUGCACCUGGUGUGGCACCGCGGCCGGGAUGAGCACCACCGACCUGGAGCGCGUGUCGCUCAGCUCCUCGGCCAACUCGGUGGCCUCGAGUGCGCGAACGCUCUCCGCCAACGUGAAGAAGCUUCACAACGCGCUCAACCUGCUGCUGAACGACUUCGAGAGAGAGCAGUUCAUCCACUGCCUCAAUGUCUACCACUCCAAGCGCAACGUGUACGACUUGGUGCAGACACUGAACGUCAUCCUCAACGCGCCCAGCAAGCGACAACUUCUCCCCAUGCUGCGGCUUGUCAUCCCCCGCUCUGACCAGCUGCUUUUCGAGCAAUACACCUCGGAGGGCCUCUACCUGAAAUCGGAUUUAGUUGCAAGCAACGGUACCACCGAGCCCCCGCCGGGCCACUUCCCCAACGCCAGCCCGAUUCCCCCGGCUCACUUUUCCCAGGACAAUCCAGCCGAGUUCCAGGUGGCGUUACGCGGAUCGCCGGAUAGCUUCAGCACUAGCAGUGAUGGGACAGCUCCCCUAGUGCCGCUCCUGGGCAGGAACUUUAUCCACGAGCCACCGGGCGAGCUGCGGCAGGUCACAAUGAAGCGGCACAAGAGUAACGAGGGCCUGGGUUUCAGUAUCCGGGGUGGUUCGGAGCACGGAGUGGGUAUUUACGUGUCCCUAGUGGAACCGGGCAGCCUUGCGGAGAAAGAGGGUCUCCGCAUUGGGGACCAGAUCAUGAAAGUCAACGAUAAAGUCUUUGACAACGUUUCCCAUGCUGAAGCAGUCAAGGUGCUGAAGGGCAAUAAAAAGCUUAACCUCUCUGUACGCUCAGUGGGGAGGAUUCCAGGCGGCUAUGUGACCAACCAUGUCUAUACAUGGGUUGACCCUUUGGGCCAUAGUGUGUCCCCUCCUCCUGACCUACCUGAACAUCACAGUGCCGCCCUCAGAAGAAGUGACAGCCAGCGACGUAGCAACAUGCAGCUCCUGCAGGAAGGAGAUGAGAAGAAGGUCAACUUGGUUUUGGAUGAUGGUCGAUCCCUGGGCCUUAUGAUCCGAGGGGGUGCUGAAUACGCGUUGGGUAUUUACAUCACUGGAGUGGAUCAUGGAUCAGCAGCAGAGUGUGGAGGGCUCAAGGUCGGGGAUCAAAUUCUGGAAGUAAACGGCCGCAGCUUCUUGAACAUCCCUCACGAUGAAGCCGUCAGAGUACUGAAGUCGUCGCGGCAUCUGAUGAUGACGGUAAAAGAUGUGGGCCGCUUGCCUCAUGCCAGGACAGUUGUUGGUGAAACAAAGUGGAUUGCCAGCUCCCAAAUUGCAGAGAGCUCCGCAAACAGCAGUAUGGCAGGCUAUUCUGUUGACCAGGGAGCUUCUGGUGCUGGGAAGUCUGGUUUUUACAAGGGUGUGGCUGGAUCACAGGUGACCUUGUCUAGCUUGGUGAACCAGUCCAGAGCCAUGCUAGAAGAGCAAGCGCGUCACCUACUGACUGAAUCGGAACGCCAAACUAUGGGUUACUACUUGGAAGAGUAUCGGGAUGGACACAUUGGCGUGGAGCAGCUGGUCAUGGCGCUUUUCGAGCUGCUCAACACUCAGGCAAAGUUUUCCCUACUAUCAGAAGUGCGAGGCCUGGUCACCCCGCAGGACCUGGAGCGUUUUGACGGGCUGGUGUUGCGCCGUGAGAUUCAGGCUCUCAAAUCAAGACAGGGCUCAGCAGGAGCUCCUACAGUUCAGCCAGACACUCUAUCUAUGGUGUCAUACCCUGACACUCUGACCUCGUCUUCGGCCAGCUUCAUGACCAAUACCACUCUGAGCUCCACCCGGAACGACUGUGUGGCGGAUACUAAUCAGCAAGAUCCCUUGGACAGUCUGAACACACUGCUGGCUGACAUCUCUCUGGAUGACAUACAGUCCACCACAGCUGACUCUCCCCCCUCCUUCAAGCCUCCACCCCCAUCAGGGGUGCAGAGGCGCAAGAGUAGAAGAGACCAGCUCAACAAAUGCCCCUCGUCCGAAACCACACACACGGGCUUGCACUUCACAGUCCCCAUCCGGCCUAUCCACAACAAAAAGCCGGUUCACACCCCUUCAUCACCUUCACUACAUCGCAAACAAGAUCCUCCCAUGUUGCCUUCCAGGGACUAUGCAGCUAUCCGAAAGAAAGAACUCUUGGCGCCAUCCAAGAGAGAACAGAAAACCCCCUCUCAUUUGUCCAUGGUUGCCCGACAAAGUAUUGGCCCUUUUCCACGCGUCCAGUCCCCAAGCAGGGGCGCCAAACUGGCUGACUCAUCCCCUUCAGCAGCAGCACCACCACCACCUCCACCCCCAAUCUCCGCACCUCCUCCUCCUCCUCCUCCUCCUCCUCCUUCUCUCCCCCUUAAGCCAGCCACAAUGUCCAAAGCCUCAUCUCCGGGCUCUAAGCAACAGUUUGUUACAGUGGAAGUUCACAGGCCCAGCGCAGAGCCAGAUGUCAAUGAGGUGCGGCCGCUGCCCCAAGCUCGAGGUGGCGCCCUGUCUCAGCUGUCAGACAGUGGCCAGACUCUCAGUGAGGACAGCGGUGUGGACAUAGCUGAGUCAGGACACAUCAGCAGCUCCCAUUCCUCAUGCACACGACACCCUCAAGAUACCCAGGGGGGCGGGGGGGACAACCCCACCAAACCGCCAGGGCUGUUGGAGCCCACCUCCACAUUAGUGAGGGUGGCAAAGAGUGCAAGUACUUUGGGCAUCGCGAUUGAAGGAGGAGCCAACACUCGACAGCCACUACCACGAAUUGUCACAAUUCAGCGUGGCGGUUCAGCUCACAACUGUGGUCAGCUGAAGGUGGGUCAGGUGAUCCUGGAGGUAAAUGGGGUUUCCCUUAGGGGCCGUGAGCACAAGGAUGCCGCACGCCUCAUCGCUGAGGCCUUCAAAACCAAAGAGCGGGACUAUGUGGACUUUCUGGUGACUGAGUUCAAUGUAGCACUAUAGCUGAGUGGGAGAGGAGAGAGACGAGCAGGGAAUCAAGGACAAAAAGGAGGAGGACUUUUUCAUUUUUAAAUGGCACAAGUCUUUAGCGGUGAACUAAAAGGAAAGUCCACCUCAUCUGUCACACAACCUUAUUUUUACAUGAACCUGUUCUUGAUUCUUUUCAACAUGUUACCUCUCCGCACCUUAUGCACUACAGUAGAUACUAAUAGUGAAGCCUCUAUAACCUAGAUUUUACUUUCUGGAUAUUGAAAUUAAUGGAUUGGCCUCCAUUUGACAUUUACUGGAGCAUCUUGCAUUCAACCAAGUUACCACAGUCAAUUUAUUUCAUAGUUUUUGGCUACUGCAACUGAAAAGACUAGUCCUACUCGGCUUUCGUAGUUUGAAUUUAUAUAUGUACAAAUAAAUAUAGAUGUAUAUACUCUAUACUGUACAAAAUAUAAGAUCUCUAUAUGAAAUAUAAACCCUUUGAAAGUUACAUUAAUAUAUAUACAUAUAUUUAAAAUAAUAUGAAUCGGAGCAGCUCACAUCUGUCAGAUAUAUGUUGUCCAUUGUUUUAUUUUAAGCAUCAAAUGAAUGACUAUUGUGGAAGGGAAAUAAAGAGAACCUCUGCAAGCACAGGGAGCACGUGCAAACUCCAUAAAGGCAGCCAGCCGGUUUUAAUCCAGAACCCUUGUUAGCGCUGGCAGAGUGAAGAUUUUUUCCUUGGGGGUGGGGCAAGGAUAUCUCAGGGGUUGCAAAACAAACAGCAAAUUUUUCCAAAAUCUUGUGAAAACGCUGAUAAAGAUUCAUUAUAAAUUCCCUAUGGUGAAUGUGUGGAAAAAUUAUUCAGAAAAUAGGAAAAUACCCAAAAGUCAAUUAUCUGGGGGGUCAAUGGCUCUGCAACAAGUUAGUGGGGAAAGUGCUACCCAUUGUGCCAGUGUUCCAUAUUGUUACCAUAGAUACCAUCGCAAGUUCCAAUGUUUUUAAACACCGGUGCCGUUAGGAGCUAAUGAAAGUACGUCAUUCAUCAUAAUCACACGUGACAGCAUAAACACAUAAGAAGACAGUUUAUAAUGAAGAUACACAGAUGACCUGAAUGUGGACAUGCUCUCAGUAGGGGAUCAAAUCUCAAAGUGUUUCACUCAGUGUUGUUCCUGCUGCUUCUUUUACUAGAACAUUUAAUUUGAUAAUUUCCAAGUCCCGAACCAAUUAAAAUCCCCAGGGAGCAUGAUGAAGCCAUGCCCAGUGCAUCAUCUCAGGAGGUGUAGUCAUAAGAGGAUAAUACUGACAAAGAGCUUAGCUAUACUGUACCCUCUUGAACGCCUUCUCUCUCCAUUUAUUGAGAAAAGCAAUUGGGAGCCAGGAUAUGAGUUAGCAUUAGAGAGAUUAGGUGAAAAUUGGAAGACUGGAACAAAAGAGUGAAUCUUCCGUAAAGAGUAAACAAUAUGUAACUAUUGUUCUUGCGGAAGUACAUUUAGUGAAACCACCACAUUUCUGCUUAUGUUAUAUUUAUGCUUAUAAUAUAACCUUUGAAGUCCAAGAUUGUUUUGGAACAGUGGUCCACAGAUUAGUUUGGAUUUGCCAAAUAGAAUUGUGGAAAAACAAGUUUUUUACGAAAUUAUUGUCACCAUAAAACCACUCUGAACGGAAAUGCUCGAUCAUCUUUGGUUUCAAGCUUUCAACCGAAGAGCUGUUUGUGGAUUUGCUCAUAGGCGGUUAAAAGUUCAGAUAAGUAGCUCGGAGCAAGUACCAUACGUGCUUUAAAAGUUCGUCAUACAAUCCUAAAUCAAUUCUAAAGCCGACUGGGAGCUAAUGAAGUGAUGCUAAAUGUUUUAUUUUCUAUUUAAAGGUGAAGUCUGAAUCCAAGAUUACUUUUAAGUUUCUGGCGGUGCAAGUGAAGUUAUUAAUGAAAGAAAGAUAUAGAAAGUUAUGACAAAGAUAAUGUCUUGUGUGAUUACACUGAAAAUGUUCCGCUGCUUUCUUAACGCUGCUCAGGUGAACUGUAGACAAAUGCAAACCUACAUUUUUGAAAGGCAAGUGUGAAAAGUGAUCAGAAAUGUUGUACACGACGAGAAACAGCCAUUGAUGUUACUUUUUGUUUCAAUUUACAAUGUAUGUUUAUUAACACACUCCCCCAACAAUGGUUCCUUCAUGACCAACUUCCUUGUGAAAUAGAUUGUGCUUAUUUGUUUCACUAAGUGUGCCUCCUCUUAUUAUUAUUAGCCGGUUAGUUUUGGUUAUUGUUUGUCUUCCACCAGAUGUUCCACAACGGCCUCUUUCUUUUUGUUUUUGUUCCUCAUGUCACAGUCCUUGUGCUGUUGGCCUGCUCCCAGCACAUUUGAACGAGGGUUAUACAAUGCUAUUUGUACAGAAAGUGUUUAAUUUUUCAAUAAAGAAAACUACACAAAA